ACGAAGUGUUCGGGUGAAAUUAGGCGUUAAACAGCCUAACACUUGUGUAUUAUAAGAUAUGGGACUGACAGGAAUGAAAGGAAGUGCCGCCUUAAUUAUUUGUUUUGUUUAUUUUUUAUUUAUAGUCAGGGUUUGUUAAGCCAAAUGGCAAUAUGUUUGUCCACAAAUGGAAGUGAAUGUUAAAGGGUUUGUGUCUGCACGGCUGUUUAGCUUUCAUAUAACAUAAGAGCAAUAGCAAAGUGCUGUGCUGCACCACUAGUACGAGACUAAAAAGUAAAUCGAGCAAAUUUAGUCACGUCACUAGUGACGGGUGUAUAAGUCACCCGUGUCGUUCAAUACUAGAGCGUAUUGUUACAGUCCGAUCGAUUUAUUUAACAUCAGGUUAACUGCAAAACUAGGCAAACAAGUGAACACACGCAUCGCUGUAGGUACAAGAGUAACCACUGGCAACUCGGGUACGCACACGAUUGAAAGCGCGUUUUAUCCAGUCUUAUCACAGCUUGGAUCGCACAUUUUCUACAGUUCUUUUUUUCUCUCUCUUGUAACCUUUAAAUAUGCAAGUGCAAUGUCUGUAGCACUGCUGUACAAAUCUGAAAAAGGGAACCUUCGAGGGUAAUAUCAUUUGUUGUUAAAUGUUGGUAUGUAGUUAUUUGAGUAACUAAUUUAUGUAUCUGACUAGCGUAAUAUAAGAAACGUUUUCCGUAGUUUCUGUGUUCUUCCUAGAACAGGGUCAUUGAGUCCUAACAUGUAAAUGACUGCAAGCGACAGGAACACUCGAAAACCACAAGCCAUUAGAAACACGUAAGGCAUUUAAAAGCGCAACUAGAUUAACCGUACCAAUUAAACAUGUAUUGUUUGUUUAUAAGUAUUAAAAAAAGAUAGAAAGUGGAGACAUGGGUUGAAAAGAUACAGCAAAUUUAAAUCUCCAAGCAUUCAUUUUGUAUAUAAAUGUUGCUGUUGAAGAAUUAGUAUUGGGUACGAGUCCGACUCAGUGUUGAAGGUUAAUCCAGCCUUCUUGCUUGUUUACAUGUAUGGCUCACGGUGUUUAGUUUAUGCGAGCUAGGCAUUAAAGUUUCUUUUUUUUAUAUAUAUAUAUUUUAGGGACACAUUCCUGGAGAAACCUGUUUGGAUGAGUGAUUAAACGAUCCAUUGCUGCUGUUUUGCGAGAUUACUUGUGGUUUUUUGACAUUAUUGGAAUGAAAAUAUGUUUCUUGCAUCAAAUUAAAUCAAUUUGAUAGUCAUAGUACAUGGCAAAUUUUGGAUCCAAUGUUCAGUCGCAAAGUCAUUUAAACCAAGAAAAACGCAACGUCAACAUUUAAGAUGGUCUGAUGGACCGACUCAUACUGCUGACUUUUGGCCUGUGCUCUGUUGUGUGGGUUCUUUUCUGGGAAUUUAAGUGGAAGAAAGCAAAAGAAAAUCAGAUCGAAGAAUGGCUCCAUGGCAACAGACUUUCCGAGUACAGACACCUCUUUGAAGAUGUCCAGUCCUUGGAAGAGCUGACUUUAUGUGUCUUGUCCCGUUUGGAGGAAGCUCUGCAUAAGACCCAGCAUUGGCAGGAAAUUGAGGAUGCACAAAGCCAGCUAGUCCAUGACUUUGCCUUUCAGGAGUGGCUCUUCUCUCAAGGUCUUGAGCACUAUUACCACAAAUUAAAAGCCUUGGGGUGCAGCAGCCUGGAUGAUUUAGCCCAGUUUGAUAGCCAGCUACAGUUAUCACUGGCUGCCUGGGGGUACUAUUACGAAGAUUAUAUCAAACUAUCGACUGGUGUGCAGGUCCUACAAGCUUCGAGGGGACACCACGAUCAAGACUAUGAGACUGGACUGGUCCACAGCUUGGCUGAACGGCGAAUUAAUGAAAAGUGGUCUAUAACUGGAGCUCUGAUUUUCGGCUGUACUGUUGUACUGUGCUUUCUCACAAGGGACCUCAUGUUUUACGUGAUUGGUGGAAUUACAGUUUCCAUUAUAGCGUUUGUCUUCACAAUUAAGUUUCUGUGUGAACUUGCGGCUAGAGUCGUCAGCUUUCUUCAGAAUGAAGACCGUGGCCGAAGAGGAGAUCACACCAUCUACGACUAUGUUCGUGGCAAUUACCUAGAUCCAAGGUCAUGCAAGGUGACAUGGGACUGGAAGGAUCCACAAGAAGUGGGACACACUAUGACCUUCAGAGUUUACCUAUUCUAUAAAAAUGGGCAGCCAUUUCCAGCAAACCGGCCUGUGGGUUUGCGAGUCCAAAUCUCCCACGUAGAGUUGGCUCUGGAUAUUCCUGUGACUCAAGAAGUGCUUCAGGAACCCAGUUUGAAUGUGGUUAAGGUUGUCUUCACUGUACGAAAAGCAGGCCGCUACGAAAUAACUGUCAAGCUAAGGGGGUUGAAUGUGGCUUAUAGUCCUUAUUACAAAAUAUUUCAGCCAGGUACAGUCGUUCCAUCAAAAACUAAGAUUGCAUACCAUUUUUCCACAUUGGUUUUGACAAUUGCACAGCAGCAUACAAUGCAGAUUGAACCCAGGGAUGAGUAUGGCAAUCCCACCAGUAAUUCUAUAUCCCUUAAUGUUGAAGAUAACUACAGUGUGCAAGUCCAUGAGCUUGGGACCCAAAAUGAAGAGAACCCAGAGAAUUACUAUAGCAAAUCAGUAUCGUCCAGUAAGUUGCAGUGCCAGGUGUUGCUGAGACUGACCAUCACGAAGAAGGGCUGUUUCCAUGCCUGUAUCUCCUACCAUAAUCAACCAAUCAACAAUGGAGAAUUUGACAUCAUUGUUCUCAAUGAGAAUGAAAAGAACACUGUAGAAAAGAGUGUCUCUACACCGGGAAUGAGUAUUUACUUUGAGGCCUACCUUUACAGCACAGGGAAUUAUUCUAACUCUACAUGGCAGUUAUUCCCCUCUGCACUGCUGGUCUCACAGCGGCGCCCAUCAACUGCCAACGAGGAAGAGGACGAGGAGUGGGACUCCCCUUCUGAGGGAACACUGGACAAAGUGAAGAAACCAAAAAAGGUGUUUUGUUACAUAUCACCAAAGCAACUCUCCGUGAAGGAAUUUUACCUGAAAAUCAUUCCAUGGCGGCUUUUUACCUUCAGAGUAUGUCCAGGAACGAAGUUUUCAUACCACGGCCCUGAUCCCAUUCACAAACACCUGACUCUGGUGGUGGACGAUGGGAUGCAGCCACCAGUAGAGCUCGGCUGCAAAGACCGAAACGUCAUGGCUGCAACAUUCAUAAGGUUUCUGCACAAAAACAUAGGCUCGGAAACUUUCCAGGACAAGGUGAACUUCUUCCAGAGAGAACUCCGGCAGCUGCAUUCAAAAAGACCUCGCACCAAGACUUGCUUGAAGAUCAGUCGACAUUCUCUCCUUGAUUCAUCUCUGAAAGUGACACGAAACUUCUCAGUGUCAGACUGGAGCAAGAUCUUUGAGGUUGUUUUCCAAGAUGAAGAAGCGCUUGACUGGGGUGGGCCCAGAAGAGAGUGGUUUGAGCUGGUCUGCAAAUCACUUUUCGACACAUCCAAUGAACUCUUCACACGCUUCAGUGAUAACAACCAGGGCUUGGUCCACCCGAAUGCAGACCGUCCCCCUCAUCUCAGACUGAAGGUGUACGAGUUUGCUGGGAAAGUGGUUGGAAAGUGCUUGUACGAGUCAGCCAUGGGUGGGUCAUACAAACAGCUGGUACGAGCGAGGUUUUCACGCUCCUUCCUGGCUCAGAUCAUAGGCCUACGGAUGACCUACAAGUACUUUGAAACAGAUGAUCAGGAAUUCUACAAAACCAAAGUUUGCUUCAUCCUCAAUAACGAUGUCAGUGAAAUGGACCUUGUCUUUGCUGAGGAGAAAUACAACAAAUCAGGGCAACUGGAGAAGGUGGUGGAGCUAAUAUCUGGUGGUGCUCAGAUCCCAGUUACCAAUGAGAACAAGAUGUUCUACCUGAACCUCCUAGCACAGUACAGGCUGGCCAACCAGGUCAGAGAGGAGGUUGAACACUUCCUAAAGGGUUUAAAUGAAUUGGUUCCUGAAAACCUCUUGGCCAUAUUCGAUGAAAAUGAGUUAGAGCUGCUGAUGUGUGGCACAGGAGAUAUCAAUGCCUUGGAUUUUAAAGCCCAUUCUGUGAUUGUGGGAGGAUCUUGGCACUUCAAAGAGAAGGUAAUGAAGUGGUUUUGGGCUGUAGUGUCGAGUUUUACCCAGGAAGAACUAGCUCGUUUACUGCAGUUCACAACCGGCUCAUCGCAGCUUCCUCCCGGGGGCUUUGCCGUGCUGUGCCCUUCUUUCCAGAUCAUAGCUGCACCCACACACAGCACACUGCCAACUGCACACACCUGUUUUAACCAGUUGUGCCUCCCUACCUAUGACUCCUAUGAGGAGCUGCACAAAAUGCUGAAGCUGGCCAUCAGUGAGGGAAGUGAAGGGUUUGGGAUGCUAUGACCCUCCUGUUAUCUAACACCUUGCUGAAGGUAUUGUACAUGAAGAAUUAGGGGGAUGCCCACAAGUACGUAGACAUCGGAAUCAGAAACAGACAGCAGGGCUGCUUUCCUUUUUUUACCAAUUAUUACAGCUUCUGCAGUAAGGGAGCUAUCCCCAAAAUCUCAAUCUACUGGGAUUCUGUCCAGCUCUAUAGGUGCUUUUGUAGUGGGAGUGUAUACAGGCACUGUAUGUCCUGAAGUUCCCUUGCUGACAUCAAGGUAUGAAGUAUUAGUAUGGUACAAUAAUGUUUUAUUCCACAUGCUGUAAAUACAUAGUGUAGGUAAUGUAUUAUAGUGCUGUCUCUAGAGAUGAGUGAGAAAGGGAAUAACCCUAUUCCAGCUCAAAUAAAUUACAUUUUUAUCAUAACCAUUUUGGAGCAGCUUGAAGCAGAGCUGUGCAAAAUGAUUAUCUAAAAUGAUUAAAAUUAGCAUUGAGCUGCCACCAUGUGCCUCUUGGCAGUUUUAAUUAAACUACUAUAGAGAACAAUUAAGCUUAUAACCUAAAUGCACUUGCAGAAAAAGUUUCCUGUGAUCUCUAUGGGGUGGGGGCAUCUAUCACGCAGAGCUGUUUAUAUUCCUUGAACUCGCUUGCUGUAGUAUUAAUGAAUGGCGAGGCUGAUAUGUGUACACAAAUACGGUAAAGAGCCUUCAAUGAUCUUGGAAGGAGAAAAGGUGUACAAACCUAUUCAGAAAAGUCUAAUUAGGUCUGUAAAAUGGGAGUUAAGGGAGUUCGCAGUCAUUUUCAUGAGUGGCAGGGAAGAAGGUUGUUGGGUUUUAUAUGUUUUUAUACUCCUUCAGUAAAUCAACCGGUACACUUAUUUUUUUUUUUUUUUGUGUUUCACAAUAUUAUUGUUAUUUCAAUUUUAUUUUUCUGUGUUGGCUGGAUUCCAAACCAAAACAAUAUGCUAUACAGUAGUACUUUGUAAAAUAUAAUUAAAUAAAUACAUACGUAAUAUAAAUAUUGAUUUAAAAACUGAUGAGUUGUCAAAGUCUU